AUGCGUGAAUGUAUUUCUAUCCACGUUGGUCAAGCUGGCGUCCAAAUUGGUAAUGCUUGCUGGGAACUUUAUUGCCUUGAACACGGUAUCCAACCUGAUGGUCAAAUGCCAUCUGACAAAACCUCCAAAACUUCUGACGAUUCAUUUAACACCUUUUUCUCUGAAACAGGGGCGGGUAAACAUGUUCCCCGUACAGUGUUCGUUGAUUUAGAACCUACCGUCGUCGAUGAAGUUCGUAAUGGUACCUACCGUCAAUUGUUCCAUCCAGAACAGUUGAUUACUGGUAAAGAAGAUGCAGCAAACAAUUAUGCUCGUGGUCAUUACACAGUCGGAAAAGAAAUUAUUGAUAUCGUACUCGAUCGUAUUCGCAAACUCGCAGAUAAUUGUACUGGUCUUCAAGGAUUUUUAGUUUUCCACUCCUUCGGAGGUGGUACUGGUUCUGGUUUCAGUGCUUUGCUUUUAGAACGUCUCUCU